AAGAAAAAAAAAAACUUGAUGUUUUAUAAACAUUUCCUCUUCGGAUAUUUGACUGUCACUGUGUUAUUUUAGAUAAUAUAAGUGUACUUUAAACAUUUAACGUGAGGAACCGGUUAAAAAGAAGCGCUAGUGUGCUUGUAUUAUUGGGGGAGGAUCAGGUUGAUGAAAAGAAAAUGGCUGCCGGGUUUAACUGGUUCCUUGUACUAAGCUCUGUAUUUCUGUGCAACCUCGUCAAAACAUUGCUGCCGUCUAUUUCUUCAUUUCUGACGAAGAUCUUCCAGAAGGAUGCUGAUCAGGAGAUGGAGAUGAGGACGGAUAUCCAAAACAUGAAGAUGGAGCUGUCCGCCAUCAGUAUGAUGGACGAGUUUGCCAGAUACGCUAGACUGGAACGCAAGAUCAACAAGAUGACCGAUCAACUGAAGACUCUUGUCAAAUCAAGAACUGCACAGCAGGCAAAAAUGAAAUGGAUUGUAAAUAUUGUAUUUUACAUUCUUCAGGCGGCCCUCAUGAUCUCGCUCAUAUUGAAGUAUUAUGCAGACCCGGUCACAGUGGUGCCCAGUAAAUGGAUUGCUCCACUGGAGAGACUAGUAGCCUUUCCUUCUGGAAUUGCAGGUGGUGUUGGAAUCACAUGCUGGCUAGUUGUCUGCAACAAGGUUGUGGCCAUCAUUCUACAUGCAGUCAGUUAAUCUAACAGUGUUAUAUCAACAUGAAUAAGCAGUCGCUGAAUUUUUACAGGUACAGAUUUGAUUCAGUUCUCUUGCUAAAAAACAGGCUGUAUUCUACAUUUUGUCCAAACUGAUUGGUCUAUUUUUUGUUUUAAUGCCAUUCACCAUUCCGUUCAGUGAUUUAAGUCUGUAGUAAAAUUAUUUUAGCUUUCAUUGUUUACAAAUUCUUGUUCAAUGCAUUUAAAGGUUUUAUUUGCAUAGUAAAUGCUGACAUGAAAACAUUCCUAACAAAUUGCGAAUUUUUUCUUUUUUAUGUUGUAAUUUCAAGCAAAGCAGAAUAUUUUCUAUUUAUUGCUUGUAUGCUUGCACCAUAAUUAUAUUUUUUGUCAGUGUUAUAAAUAUAUUUAUUGAUUAUUGUUUGUCAAAGAAAAAUGUCCGUGCAUUAAUAAACAUAAGUUUGUGAACCCUUUGAAAAUGUCUGGACUUCUGCAUUGACCCCCAUAAAAUUUGGUCUGAUUUUAUUUAAUCUCAAUAAACUAAUAACACACCAACAACUGAAUUUUUUUUUCUACAUUUUCAUUGAAUAUUGAGUAAUAAUUCACAGUGCAGGCUGGAGAAAGUAAGAGCCUUGAAUUCAAUAACUUGUAGAUGCUCCUUUAACAGCAAAGCCUCCAAAAAAGGUUUUCUGGACCAAUUUUGUACCAUCCCUCCCCAUAAAUCCGUUUCAGUUUAUCACUAUUUAUGGGCUGUUAUGAUGGCACAAAUGUCUUUAAGUUAUGACACAUCUCAAUCGGUUUAAGGUCAGGACAGAAAAACACAUUUUUCCUUUAUUUGAUUUACUUGUGUGCUUUGGGUCAUUGUCUUGUUGCGUUGCCCAAUUUGAAGUCAUGAACUGCUGUCUUGAAAUUCUCCUGCAAAAUGUCUUGAUGUACUUUUGAAUUAAUUGUUCCUUCGAUGAUUGCAAAGUGUCCAGGCCCCGAGGCAGCAAAACCAUGAUGGUCCUUCCACCAUUCUUCAUAGUUGGGAAGAAGUUUUAGUUGGUUUACAGUGCCCCUUUUUUGUCUUUUUGCUAAAAGGUUCAACUUUUCUCAAUUGUUCACAGAAUAUUUUCCUUGGGUUGGUUCUCACCUCUUUCAGGAUUGCCUGAUGUGUUCUAAUGGUGAUCUUUUCUGGAUUCUUGGUAUAGCAACAGUCCAGACAUUUUCUAACUUUCCCUGUCAAUGAUCACUCAAUGUCGUAAAUAACAUUUUGAAAAGUAUUACUGCCACAAUGUAUGUGUAAUCAUAGCAGAAAUGUAGAUAUUCUUUACACUGUAUUUAGUUUAAAAUAUGUAAUUGUAAAAAAAACAAACAAAAAAAACCAAAUUAUUUUAUCUCAACAUUUUGAGUCAAUCACCAAGAACUGACUCUUGGCACAUAAGCAUAUAAUGGCACACAGUUUUGUCUGACUUGUUGUAUGACUGUAUCCCAUUGUCCUAUCUAUCUUCAGUUCCCUGUAUGUCCUGUCACCCUUCAAUGGUCUGACUGGUAAAAAGCCAACAAUUACAAAAAACAAAAGCAUGGCAUCAAACCAAAUUCACUGCAGAAUUUGCUUCACUGUAAAAUAUUGCCAGAAUAUUUUAUCAGUAAUAUUAAUAAUAUUUAAAAAUAAUAUGUACUGUGCAAUAAAAAUGCACUGUAAUACAGCGCUGCUGUGUGGCAUAAAUGGGAAUACUUCAAAGCCUUUGAUUUAAUUAGGCUGCACACUUGGCAGGUGCAUUAAUGGUUGUCUUAAUUAAUGUAUGUAGAUCGUGAAUAUGGGGUCUCUGUAAGGUGCUUGUAAUUAGAUCACAACAAAUUCACAAUUUAGUAGUUUAUUAAAGUUCCUUCAACACUAACAUAAGAAGUGGAGAGUGGCUAUUUGCAAUAAGUGAAAAUAGCAUAUUUUCUUAGCGAUAGAUGCUACAUUAAGUGCAAAUAGCAAUGCAUUCUAUUUACACUAAUUGAAAAUAGCAGUACUUUCUUAUUGCAAUAUGCUGUUUACACUAAGUGCAAAUAGCGAUAGACUCUAUUUAUGCUAUAGGCUAUGUAAAAAUAGCAGUGUUUUCUGCUAUUUAUACUACUUAUUGCACAUAGUGGCAAAUAUCUGCACCUCAGUAUUUUAUUACAUUAUAAAACGGUAUGCAGUAAUAAUGUAUUGAGUGUAAAUUUAUUUUUAUUAAACGGAUGCUGCCUUAUUGGCACAAUAAAGCUCUCCCUACA